AUGCCAAGAUACGAUGCUCCAGCUCGAUCUGUGGGCAAGUGGAUGCUCUGCUGUGCUGGGGUCUAUCUGGCGCUGCUGCUGCAAGGCGCUGAGACGCUGCGAACCGGCUAUCGUCUGCCCCAGACGGCGGGUCGCAGUGCCAGCGCCACGGAGGUGGGCAGCGGACGAGAUCUGUUCAAGAAGUUCAUGCUCUUCCGCGGCCUCUUUCCGCAGGAGCCGGCGACCGAGAACAUCAUUGUGAUACCGCAGGCGAGCCCGACCUUCACCACGCCCACCACAACCACCACCACAACGACGACCAUCAUCAGUGGCAACGACACGCGACGCUGGCGCCACCUGGACCACAGUCUGCCCGCCCAGCUGGACGAUGCCGGCUCAGCGCAGCAGCGCGUCACCAGGCGCCGCAAGCCCAGCGGCAGCAAGCAGGGCAGCCACAAGAAGAAGCGACGCCACCGUCACAUACACAAGCCGCGGCAGCGGCAGAGGCAGCGACUGCGGCAGCGGCAUCGCCGGCACCGGCGAUAG